AUGCCUGUGCAACAGCAAGAUCUAGAUGCUCAGGGGGCUUUCCAUGUGACGUCAUUGUCGACCGAACCAGCGAAGACCAACGACAACGCGGCCACCAAGCAGCAAAUAGUCGGAAACUUGGAUCAGCUAGCCUUUGCUGCUGAUGGCCGUUACCAGGUCUCCUCGGACAUCCAUACGAGCGGAGACACACUGUCCAGCUCAACAGUGUUUCCUGACCCCUCUCAAAAUGCACAGAAUCCUCUGUCAAACUACGAGUUGGGACAUCAGUCGGCGGGUCAAGGGGGAGAACCGACAAACUCAGGCACGACUCAAAUGCUACAGCACGGCCAUUUCGGGAAUGAUUACCUUGCCCCCCCGUUCAGUACUGGAUUUGUUGAGCCUGCCGCGGCCUUUGAGUAUAGCACGUUCGACGAACCUCUCAACUGGAUCCCUCCCAGCAUUUACCCGUCGCCAUACGAUGCAGAGCUUGAACAGGAUUUCUCUUUUAUUCUCCCCACACUGUCAAACAACCUGAACGCUGACUACAUGGUGGACUUCUCACUCAAUGCACCUGGAAACAUAUAUCCAGCGAAUGAAGACGUAACCAACGACUCGUCCGAGCCUCGAGAGUUUCGUGCCCGUCUCGUGGCUGUUGAACAAAGUCCUUCAUCUUCAACAAGUGACGGUAUAUACAUGCCCAAAUCGGUCCACGGCAGCUCCACCAGCUCAGACCUGAAGCGCAAGAAGAGGAAAACGUCCCUCCUGCCCGAUCGUUUUACGCAACCACGAAAACAGAGCACCGGCUAUGCAUUUCCAGAGACAGAGGACUCUUGGAAUACCAUGUUGGCAAAUAGGACGACGAAAUACUGUCCGGAGGCCACAUACGAUCUGAUUUUGAGUGCCUUCCGAGAUCUAUGUGUGGAGACGACAUCGCCCGCUCCAUUUCAGAGCUCUGCUUUUCCACCCUUGUAUGCGUUCAAUAUUUGCAUCGAUGGUUAUUUUGAGAACUUCCACAAGGAUUUUCCCCUGCUACAUCAGCCAUCUUUCGGUUCUCAAUCCGAUUGGAUUGUGGUUCUUGCGGCCGCAACAAUUGGCAGUUCCUUUUCAAAAUCCACAUCUGGCCUGGACGUUCGGGAAGCCUUCCAAGAAUUUCUGCGCCGAGCUAUCGAUAGUCAUGUGAACGGAGUACCAGACGCCGUGCUGGAUAUUCCGUUCGCCCAGGCUCGCAUCUUGAAUCUUGUCGGCCUAGUUCAAUCAGAUCACGAGCCGCUGAGGGCCCUGUCGCCACGCUACCAUGCAGAUCUCUCACGGUGGUGUCUUGAAUCCGGGGUGUUGCAGCUCUCUGUGGAAAGCGAUCUGCUAGACGGUCAAGAAAAUGGCGGGAGUGUCGAAGAUCGCUUGCAUUUUUGGCCUAAAUGGAUUAGAGCGGAGUCUUUGCGCCGCGUGGGCUAUAUGGCUUGGUUACUGGACUGUUGUCUGGGUUAUAUGGCGAAUGCACGUCCACUCUGUAACAUGGACGAUGCAAGAACUCCUCUCCCUUGCUCCGAAUCCGUUUGGAGUGCCACCACUCCAGAGCUCUGGGCGGAGAGAACUCAAGAGCUGGCGGAAACCCCCUCCCUCUGCGAAGCCCUCGAGAAGCUCUAUAGCAAGAAAUAUGUCGAUCCGGCCUACAGCGAAUUGUCACAGAUCUUGCUGAUCCACUCUCUUUAUCAACGAACGUGGGAGGUAGGCACGCACAUCAAGCAACCACUGAGCGAAUGGGUUCCCACGGGCAAGGCUCGAGGCUUCUUGAACACACCCUCAAAGGACAACUUCUGGCUCCCGCUCUACCCGCUCUACGCCAACUGGCGCAACAGCGCCUGUGAUUGCCUCGACGUGCUUCAUUGGCAAGCGUCGAGCAUCGUUGCCAAGGCUUCGGGCCUCGAACACGGCGUCAUCCUCCAUCUCCACCUCGCCCGUAUCGUCCUCCUCACACCCUUCCAGGAGAUACAGGAUUUGCUGUUCUCCUUGAUCGGCAAGGUGGGAAGCUCUCCAAAGGCAUCAUUCUACGUCCAUGACGGCAGCUACCAGCCACGCAACAGUGCGAAGCUGCCCCAGAUCCGCAAGAUAACGUGGCGAUGGCUGCGCGAGGAUCAACACAAAGCUCGUCUGGCUAUGGUGCACGCGGGAUCGGUCUUCUGGUUCGUUCGUCGGUAUUCCGCCAUGACCUUCUUCGAGCCGUUUGCCGUCUAUCUGGCGAGCCUGGUCCUCUGGACAUAUGGCUCCUAUAAGUCGACUGCCUUUGAGCGAGACAAUGCUGCUGCCAACCAGGAACCUGAAGGCGGUCCGAGGGGCCCUGACGCGGGCGCUCCCAUCCAGCCGUCUCGAAUGGAGAGGAAAGAGCAUCCGAUCAAAUUCAUCGCCAAGGCCAACGAACGGCCAGGGAAGAAAGCUGCUGCUGCCGGUGGCUCGAUCCCGCCAGAUCCUGCAUUUCUCAGAUCGCCUGCUGAUCGACGUUCCUCGGCUCGCAACUCUGUGUCCGCGACGCAUGAAGACACGAUGACGGCUGGCUCAAGGUCACCACCACCACGACGUCCGUCGCUCAGCUCCGAGGAAGACUCCGAAGAAGACACGUCCUCCUCGGACGAACGACCCGAGUUCAUUCAUCUGGACCGUCCUUGCGACGACGAGAUGGUACAGCACUUUGUGCGCAACGGCCACACCAUGUCCGGGCACAUGACGAACGUGGGAGAUAUCUGCAAGGCACCGCAGAAGGUGCUGCUGGAAGGCGCAAGACUGUUGAGGACGAGACUAGCCUGUUGGGGCGUCAGUCGAGAGUACUACGAUAUUCUGAUGAAGCUGGCAGAGCUCAGGAAAGCGGGUUGA